AUGCACUCCUCAACUCUCUUCAUCACCCUCACCACCGCCCUCGGCCUCGUCUCCGCCGCUCCCACAGACAAGACCUACAACCCCACAAAAACCUCCGCCGCCCCCCGCACAACUCACACCGUCAUCGCCGGCCGCGGCGGCCGUCUAAUCUUUGACCCCGACAACGUAGUCGCCGAAGUCGGCUCCAUAGUCGAAUUCCACUUCAACCCCCUGAACCACUCCGUCGUCGAGUCCUCCUUUGACACGCCCUGCCAGCCCAAAGACGCCGACUCCUUCUUCAGCGGCUUCUUCCCCGUCCGCGAAGGACAGAGCGACGAGGUGUUCCAGAUUGAGGUCAAGGACACCCGCCCGAUCUGGUUCUACUGCGCUCAAAACAACAACGCUCACUGCCAGUCGGGUAUGACUGGUGUUAUCAACCAGAAUUUUGACCGCCAGGAGUUUUCGCUGAGGGCGCAUAAGGAGUUGGCUGCUGAGGUAGAGGGGCCUAGUGGUGUGCAGGGGGGCAUUCAGGGGGGGUGGAGGAUUCCUAACCCUAACCCAUUGGGGGGCUUUUAG